AAUCAAUUCUUGAUGAAAAAAACCAAAUAUGUUUGCAAGGGACAAAAACAUGAUCAUGAGUUUUGAUGGAAAAAAAAUAAAAUAAUUAGAGGUUUGUUAGAGUCUGGAGUGUCGAAUGUUCCACACUGAGAAGUGGUGCUUAGCUGAUGAGAUAUUUUCAGUCCUUUGCAGGAAAACUAUCCAACCUGGAAGCUUGGCGGAGAUCGAAAAGAUCUACGAGAUUGCAAUAUAUGGUUCAGAUGAAGAGAAGAUUUCUGCCGCUACCAUUCUGGGAUGGAGGAAUGCACAGGAUAAUGGAAUCAAUUGAUAAUGUUCUUCAGCUUUCGCAAGAAUACAGCCACAAUGUGUGUGAACCGGGAGUUGCUCUUGUUGAAUUUGUCUUCUCAAUUUUAAGGCAGUUACUUGAAGCAACUUUGGAUGAUGAAGGGUUAUUAGAUCAUCUUGCAAGAUGGCUAAGCAUAUCACAUGAUAUGGAUAUCGAUGAGCAUGUAAGAAUCAAUGAAAUGACAACCGAGCAGAAGGAGGUGAUGCGGAGGAAAAACACAACUCUAGCUAUUGAGAUCAUUGUGAAUUUUCUUCAAAAUAAAAUGACAUCAAGGCUUCUUUCCUUAGUUCAUCGAAACAUGCCAUCAUACUGGAGAUCAUUCAAACAUCAAAUGCAGCUAAUUGCAUCAAAAUCUUCAAUUUUGAAGAAUUUGACACAUAUUAAUGCAGACACCCUUUUAUCUGCGAUGGAAAAUAUCCACGGGGUUGUAUCAUGCAAUGCAAAAUCAGUCAUACCUGCUGGUUCUCAAGUAGCUUUUGAUGGAGCGCUUCCAAUUGAUCUUAUACUUGAAGAUGCUUUGGACGGAGGGCAUGUAGCAACUUUCAGCGCAAUUGAAAUGAUUACUGUUGGCAACUUACGACAUCUAAUUGUGGAGGCAUGUAUUGCCAGAAAUCUUCUAGACACAUCGGCUUAUUAUUGGCCUGGCUAUGUGAAUGCCUGCAGCAAUCAAAUUCCUGCCAGCAUUUCUAACCAGGUGGAUGGCUGGUCUUCAUUGAUGAAGGGGUCAAAGUUAACACCUACAUUAGCUGAUUUCUUAGCAGCAACUCCUGCUUCCAGCUUAGCGGAGAUCGAAAAGAUCUACGAGAUUGCAAUAUAUGGUUCAGAUGAAGAGAAGAUUUCUGCCGCUACUAUUAUGUGCGGUGCAUCUCUAGCACGUGGAUGGAAUGCACAGGUAAUCACGUGGACGGAUCCAAAAAUUUUGAAUAGUGGGGGCAUGACCAAAAAUGUAUAAAUACAAGCGAUAAAAUGACAAUAUUGAUCAUUUUUACUAAGUAAAAAGUUGGAGAUUACAAAAACUGUACCAUAGAAUAGUGUUUUGCAUUUGUUUUUAUUAUAUUUAAAAGAGUUGUAAGAUUUUUAUUUUAGUUUCAAUACUAUUAAAUACUCUAUGUAUGUUGCCAGACACUUUAAAAUUGAGACAAAUAGAAGGGAGUAAUAUUUAAGUUUUUA